AUUUUAAUAAUAAAGGGUUCGGCCUUAAAGGCAGGGCGCGACUGACAUGACUAAAAUGAAUUCGAUACUUAUAACUACACUUUUCUUUUGUUUUACGAUUUAUAAUGUUCAAAGCCAAAACUGUGAUAAGUGCUUAAAUGGAAUUUGCAAAGCUGGCACUAAUAAUCAAUGUGACGACUGUAAAAGCGGAUUAUACGAUAUACCAUUUUGUGAAAAAUUUUGCUAUUGCCGUGACAAAAAGCCAUGCGAUACAGGUACAGGAGUAUGCCUUAACAAUGAAUGUGCCGAAGGUUUUGCUGGUCCAACUUGUUCGAUUAGCUGUAGUGUUGAUCCAUACAAAGGAAGAUUUGGAUUUGAUUGUUCGAAAUUUUGUCACUGUCAUGCUUCAAGCAAUUGCAACCCUUUUAUUGGUAGAUGUACACCACCAAAUUGUGAGCCAGGAUGGAAAACGCUUCCGACUAACCCCUUAGACAAUUGUCAAACUCCAUGUGCUGCUGAUGAAUGGGGACCUGACUGCACGAAAAAGUGUUUCUGCAGAGGAGGAGCAUCUUGUGACAAAGCUAUAGGAAAAUGUCCAAAUGAUGAAUGUGCAGCUGGAUAUAAGGGAGCAACUUGUUCAACACCAUGUGAGACGAUCGGAAAGGGUGAAUUUGGUCAAGAUUGUAAGGGAAUAUGUAAAUGUAAAGACGGAAAUGGAGCUUGUAAUAGCAUCACGGGAUUUUGUAUUGGUGGUUGUUUACCAGGAUUCCAAUCUGCUGAUUGCCAAACACCUUGCCCUGCCGGAAGAUGGGGGUCUGGUUGUACAGAACAGUGUGGACAAUGCGCAAAUACUGAUAUCUGUAACCCGGAAACAGGCAACUGUCCAAAUGGUUGUAAGCCAGGAUAUUUAGAGAUCAGAUGUGACAAAGAAUGUGCUGAUGGUAAAUUUGGAGAUCUUUGUUUAAAAUCGUGCUUUUGUAAAAACCCUCCUUGCAAUAAAGAAAACGGAGUAUGCGACGUAAAUGGUUGUGCCGUUGGAUAUGAACAGCCGCCUACAUGUGAAAAUGCUUGUGGAGUGGGAAAAUUUGGUGUUAAUUGUGCUACGGAUUGUCAUUGCAAAGGCGGUGUAGAUUGUAAUAAGAUUAACGGAACCUGUCCUGCUGGAUGUGACCCGGGAUGGAAAUCGCACUCAUGCUCAGUACCUUGUAAUGGAAAUGAAUAUGGUGAAAACUGCGGUGGUGAAUGUCACUGUCAAAAUGGAGCGACUUGUGUUUCGACUACAGGUGAAUGUCCAAAAAAUGGAAAAUGUGCUCCCGGAUACAGAGGAGACGAUAAACGCUGCGAUAAGAAAUGCGAUGUGAAUACAUGUGGACAAGAUUGUUUGACUGUUUGUAACAAAUGUUCCAACCAAGCCUGCAAUCAUAUUGAUUGUACUUGUUCAGGACCAUGUUUCCCAGGUUUUAAAGGAGCCAACUGCAACACUCCGUGUGACGAUGGAAAGUUUGGAUUAGGUUGUGUAGGAACAUGUAAUUGUCUUACACAGAAUGUUUGUGAAAAGGCAACAGGAGGUUGUCCAGAAUGUGCACGCGGAUUUGGUGGUUCUAAUUGUUCUAUACGAUGUGAUCAAAAUCUAAAUGAAUUUGGUUCAGGAUGUAAAAAGAUAUGCCAUUGUGAAAAACCUGACAAAUGUCCCACCGAUACAGGUAUAUGUCCUAAUGAGUGUAAAUUGGGAUACAAAAAAUUGAAUCCACAUACUUGUUCGGAAGAAUGUGAAAAUGGAAGUUUUGGUCCUUACUGUGCUGGAGUAUGCCAUUGUAAAAGUGGUAUAGCUUGUAAUAAAGCAACUGGUAACUGUGUUAAUGGAUGCGAAGAUGGCUAUUCAGGUCUAAAUUGUUCUAUACCUUGUCCACAUGGUUAUUUUGGUCACAAAUGUAUAAAACAAUGCCAUUGCAAGGAUAAUAAACCUUGUGAAACUACAUCUGGAGCUUGUCCACUUUUGGCGUGUGAAGACGGAUGGAAACUUAUAUCAUGCAGCGUAGAAGAUACCGAUGCUUCAUCAUCAAAUGAUGAUUGGAAAAUCUAUGGUGGAAUUGCAGGAGGUAUACUUGCAGCCAUUCUGUUAAUUAUUAUUGUUGGCUGUUGUGUUUAUCAUAUUCGAAAGAAGAGAAGAGCAUCAAGGGAUAAAGGAAGACUAAUAAACCCAAAAAAGGAAGCUUUACCAGUGAAUACUCCAAGGACUAUUCCGGCAGAUGCUAUUUCAACUGUUUCGCAUUGUUAUUUUGGUCCAGACUGGGAUCCAAAGUAUGUGAGAGAUAUGAAGGAGCAGGCAAAAAGAAAAAAUAGUGGUCCUUUUGAACCAGAACCGGAACCAACUGAGGCAACACCGCGGUCUGAACCUCCUGUUAUACCUCCAAGAAAGGAAUCAGAAUCUAUCCCAACUCCCCCUCCAGUACAGCCGUCUUGCUUAAAACCUAAUACAGGCAAUCGCGAAGAAGACGAAUGGGCAAAGUUGGAAAAGAUGAGAAGAAAGCCAAUUAUUGAUUCGUAUUUCCCUGCAACUAAGCUUGAAAAUAGAAGUAAAAAUAGAAAUUUAGAUAUACUUCCCUUACAAGAGCAUCGAGUACCUCUUGGCGACAAUCCUGUGUCUGAUUACAUCAAUGCUGUAUUUGUGCCUGGUCAACACAAUUCUAAAGAAAUGAUUGUUACCCAAAUUCCCACCCCAGUUACUAUUGCGUCAUUUUUUAGAAUGAUAUCUCAGCAUGAAGUUAAAGUUUGUGUCAUGCUUAAUCCAGCUAGCUUAUACGUUCCGUAUUGGCCGCAAGAUAAGGAGACAAUAUCUUUUCAUCCUUUUACUGUUUCUCAUAUAGAAACGAAGCAAAUUCACGGUGUACCAAUUAGAAAGAUGAAUAUCAAAAAUGUUGAAACUGGUAAAGAUAAUGUUGUAAGUCAUAUUCAACUCCCAGGUGACCAAUGGGAACAGGGUACGUCUACACCAGGAGAUGUAAAAUCAAUUUUGCAUUUGUACCAAGUAAUGGAAAAUCAUAAAGCUAAAGAUCAAUCUCCAGUGUUAGUUCACUGCGAGGAUGGAAAUGAGAGAAGUGGAUUUUUUACAACCUUAACACAUAUCCUUGACAAAGUAAAAGAGCAAAAGCAGUUAGACGUGUUCAACAUAGUUAACUCUGUUAGAGCUAAUAGACCACAAUUUGUCACAAACAUUGAACAAUAUAAGUUAUUGUACGAAGGCGCCGAAUUCUACAUGGAAAAUAUGGGCCUACGUCUAAAUGAUUAAUUUAUUCAAACGAGUGCUUUUUUUUUAUAUAUAUAUAUAUAACUAUUCCAUUUUCUUAUAUUAGAUAUAUUAAUUAUAUUCUAGCUUAAGUAUUUUUCUUUCUAUAGGAAAAAUUUUGCAACUAUUGCCGACGAUCUUAAAACGUUUUUUAUUUAAUUUUGACUAUAAUUAAUACAUCUUUAUUGAUCAAUUUUUACAAUAUACAUAUAUAUAUAUAUAUA